GGUGGUGGCUACCAGCGCCGCGGAACGAUCGACCGCUCCGCACCCAACGGUUCCUCCAGCGCCCCGCCCCUUGCCCAGGCCGCUGCCGCGCGCGGUGCCUUACGGGAGGGUCGUGGGCGGCCGGCGGGACUACAUCUCCCGUGAGGCUGGGCAGCCAUUUUGUGUGCGCGGCGCCUCAUGGGAAAGGCAGUCCGGCCCCUUGCCGUUCUGAAACACUAGUGGGUGUGAGCGGACUACAACUCCCAUCAUGCACCGCGAAGGCGGGGGGCCGUUUUCUUUAUCAUGCUCCUUUGCGCCUCCCGCGCUCUUCGUCCCGCCGAGCCGCUUUGCCUCAUGGGAAAUGUAGUCCGGUCUCCGGUCGUGCUCAAGGGGUAACAGCUGCGCGAGGACGACAAUUCCCAUCAUGCACUGGGCUCAGGGAGCCCCCCCCCCCCAGUCCCGCCCCCAGCCUCUGCGUUGCCCCAUGGGAGCUGUAGUCUCUUGCCUUGUUCUGAACUGGGGCGGGGCUGAGGGGACCACAGCUCCCGUCGUGCCCCGCGGGGCCGGGCUGGAAAGGUGGAGGAAGUGACGUCAGGGAGAGGGCCGCGCGCGCGGAGUCUGCUGGGUAAAAGCCUCAGAACGGUGGGGGCUCGGUUCUGGUUCCGGCUCAGAGGUGAGGAGUUGCCGGGCCACGAUGCUGAUCAAAGUGAAGACGCUGACCGGGAAGGAGAUCGAGAUCGACAUUGAGCCCACAGACAAGGUGGAGCGGAUAAAGGAGCGUGUGGAGGAGAAGGAGGGGAUCCCACCCCAGCAGCAGCGUCUCAUCUACAGCGGCAAGCAGAUGAACGACGAGAAGACUGCGGCCGACUACAAGAUCCAGGGUGGCUCCGUCCUCCACCUGGUCUUGGCUCUGCGGGGGGGGCAGCUACGGUGAUGGGACCCCCCUACUGGAGCGACAGAGCCCCCCACAAGCACCCCCUGCUCUGCUAGCGCUGUCCGGAUGGCUGCUUCCCCCUCCCCCAUGGACUCUCAGUGUGGGUGGCCGUCCGUGGGGGGCUGGGGCGGCGUGGUUGUAGCAGUGGCCAGCGCUCGGGGGUCCCCGUUGGUGUCUUGUUCCUUGUGUUUGGAUCGCUGAGUGUUAAUAAAGGUGUCUCAGUGCA